UGUCAAUUUCUUGCGCUCCCGUUGAAGCCGCGGCUUGUUGUUUCCCGGUACUCGGAAGGACGAGAAGUUACCUCCGGUCUGUUGCAGGGUUGGGACGAAGAGAGAGAAGCCCCAGGACCCACUCGGGAAGCUCGGAUUUGAUCUGUGGCUGAGUGGAAGUGGAUGGAGAAGGAGUAGCGGGGACAUAAAGGCAGCAGGGGAUAUAACCUUAUCCAUCACCUUGGAGCCCAGCGCGGUGAGGGCGACGCUGCGACUCCGGUGGGCAGCGUGCACCACACCGCUGCUCUGGAUCCAACAAGGGAAUGACAUAAACACACCCAGACAUGCUUUCCUGCCCUUCGGUGACAUUAAUACUGCUGCUGCUCUGAACUUUCUAUCCUCAACACACGAGAAGAGGGUCCAGAAAGGAGUUCUUCUUCUUCUUCUUCUUCUUCUUCUUCUCUUUCUUCUUCUUAUCUGCAAAGGGAUUAAUCAUGCCGGACCAAAUCACAGUUUCGGAGUUUGUGGCAGAGACCAAUGAAGAUUACAAGUCACCGACUGCCUCAAACUUCACCACCAGGAUGUCCCACUGUAGGAACACAGUGGCUGCUCUGGAGGAGGCUCUGGACGUGGAUCGCAGCGUUCUGUACAAGAUGAAAAAGUCAGUGAAGGCCAUCUACACGUCUGGUCUGGCCCACGUGGAGAACGAGGAGCAGUACACUCAGGCCCUGGAGAAGUUUGGAGAAAACUGCGUGUACAGAGACGAUCCGGAUCUGGGUUCGGCCUUCCUCAAGUUCUCCGUCUUCACCAAGGAGCUCACUGCGCUUUUCAAAAACCUCUUCCAAAACAUGAACAACAUCAUCACCUUUCCCCUGGACAGCCUGCUGAAAGGAGACCUGAAGGGUGUCAAAGGGGAUUUGAAAAAGCCAUUCGACAAAGCCUGGAAGGACUACGAGACAAAAGUCUGCAAAGGACAUUCUUUACUGAAAGGCACCAAGAUAGAGAAGGAGAAGAAGGAGCACGCGAGACAACACGGGAUGAUUCGGACGGAAAUCAGCGGGGCGGAAAUCGCCGAAGAGAUGGAGAAGGAGAGGAGAUUCUUCCAGCUGCAGAUGUGCGAGUAUCUCCUCAAAGUCAAUGAGAUCAAAAUCAAGAAGGGGGUGGAUCUGCUGCAGAACCUCAUCAAGUACUUCCACGCACAGUGCAAUUUCUUUCAGGAUGGUCUAAAAGCUGUGGACAACCUGAAGCCUUCCAUAGAGAAACUGGCCACAGAUCUGCACACGAUAAAGCAGGUACAGGAUGAGGAGAGGAAGCAGCUGACUCAGUUACGAGACGUCCUGAAGUCAGCGCUGCAGGUGGAGCAGAAGGAGGAUUCCCAGGUGCGGCAGAGCACCACCUACAGCCUGCACCAGCCGCAGGGCAACAAGGAGCACGGCACCGAGCGCAGCGGCUACCUUUAUAAGAAAAGUGAUGGGUUGAGGAAAGUUUGGCAGAAGAGGAAGUGUACGGCGAAGAAUGGAUACCUCACCAUCUCACACGGCACAGCUAACCGACCGCCCGCUAAGCUCAACCUGCUCACCUGUCAGGUGAAACACAAUCCUGAAGAAAAGCGGAGUUUUGACCUCAUAUCACAUGACAGAACGUAUCACUUCCAGGCCGAGGACGACCAGGACUGUCAGAUCUGGAUCUCGGUGCUACAGAACAGUAAAGAGGAGGCAUUAAAUCAGGCUUUCAAAGGGGAUCAUCACGUUGGGGAGAACAACAUUGUUCAGGAGCUGACCAAGGCAAUCCUGGGAGAAGUCAAGAGGAUGACGGGAAAUGACGUGUGCUGCGACUGCGGAGCCCCCAACCCGACGUGGCUCUCCACCAACCUGGGCAUCCUCACCUGUAUAGAAUGUUCGGGGAUCCACAGGGAGCUGGGAGUCCACUACUCCCGCAUCCAGUCCCUCACUUUGGAUGUGCUCAGCACCUCCGAGCUCUUGCUGGCCAAGAAUGUGGGGAAUGCUGGCUUUAAUGAAAUCAUGGAGGCUUGUUUAAGCGCUGAAAAUGUGGUGAAACCCAACCCAGCCAGUGACAUGCAGGCGAGGAAAGACUUCAUCACAGCCAAAUACACGGAGAAACGCUUCGCCAGGAAGAAGUGUCCUGAUCCGACGUCCAGGCUCCACACGCUGUGCGACGCAGUAAAAGCUCGAGACAUCUUCUCUCUAAUCCAGGUCUACGCCGAGGGAGUCGACCUCAUGGAGCCGAUUCCUCUGGCCAACGGACACGAACAAGGGGAGACAGCUCUUCAUCUAGCGGUCAGGCUGGUGGACAGAACGUCUCUGCACAUCGUGGACUUCCUCACCCAGAACAGUUUAAAUUUGGACAAGCAGACGGCCAAAGGCAGCACGGCGCUGCACUACUGCUGCCUGACCGACAACAGUGAAUGUUUGAAGCUGCUGCUGAGGGGGAAGGCCUCCAUAGAGAUUGCUAAUGAGGCCGGGGAGACGCCACUGGAUAUCGCUCGGAGGCUCAAACACCUACAGUGUGAGGAGCUGCUGAAUCAAGCGUUGGCGGGAAAAUUCAACGCCCACGUCCAUGUCGAGUACGAAUGGUGCCUCCAGCAUGAAGACCUGGACGAGAGCGACGAAGAUCUGGAUGAGAAGCCGAGUCCUCACCGGAGAGACGAGCGUCCGGUCAGCUGUUACACUCCGGGCAGCAACUCCCACCUGCAGUCCGGCUCGGCGGGCCGCGACGCCGCCGGCCUCUCCAAGGACAAGCAGCGGCCCUACAUGCCCAACCUGGUCAACAACGAGACGUACGGCACCAUCCUGAACACCAACCCUCCACAACCCGCCACCACCUCUGCGCCGCCCCUGCCCCCGAGGAACCUGGCACAGUUAGCCGGUCUGGGAGGGAUCAGUCAGUCCUCAGCGUCCAGCAGCUGGAAGCCCGGUUCUUUAGACCUGGUCGGUCGGCAGAGAUCGUCCUCAGAUCCCCCCAACAUGCACCCGCCUGUACCCCCCAUGAGGCUCACUUCAACUGGAGGUUUGGGUCUUGCUCCUGUGGCGAAGAUGGAAGCGAUGAGCAUACAGUCCAAAUCUAGUCAGGGGCCACUGGGGUCCAGAUCAGCGCCACCUAAAUCUCCUGCAGGCAAUGAUAAAAGCUUCAACAGAGGACCUCUAAAUCGAACGGAAUCUAUUGAAAGAGCGGCUAAGGAAGUGCCAGGAUGCCCCCAGAACUCCAUCGGUCAGUCUCUGCCUCCAGCCCCCAUGCCGAGGAAGGCCUACCCGAAACAGAGGCCAAAGCGAGUGAAAGCCAUCUACAACUGUGUAGCCGACAACCCUGAUGAGUUGACCUUCUCUGAGGGCGAGGUGAUCGUGGUGGACGGAGAAGAGGACCAGGAGUGGUGGCUGGGCCACAUUGAAGGCGAUCCGAUGAGAAGAGGAGCCUUCCCCGUUACAUUUGUACACUUCAUCGCUGACUGAACGGUCACUCUGGAUCUCAGGAAGUGUUGCGGGAUGUGGCGUCCCACUUUCACCCGUCUCUGUCUGCCAUCGUCCCGGUGUUUGUCGUCAGCAUCUUCAUCUUCUUCACCGGCAUCUGGAGUGAGCUCCUUUAAAGUGUCACUGCUGCGUCACCACCUCAGCAUUAUAUGGGUGUCGUCACGGCAACCGUUGCAGACGUGCAAGUCUGGGUGUCACAGGGGACUCGUGGGACUGUAUGUGGUUUUUAUGCUUCCUGUUAAUGUUCCUGACACAGGUUCUAAAAUUCUAGAAAAGAAAAAAAAUCAAUGAUUGUAGUGAAUGACUUCCCGCAAUAAAUGCACUUUUCUUGUCUUUAUCUGUGUUACAACAUAAGAUGGCAUAAUGAAGGUUGUAUGUACAGUAUUCAUUUCAUCCGUUUUCCGUUCAGCUGCAUUGUACAGGCAGUCCUUGAAGUGGUAGCAGUGGGAAGAUCACAGCAAUGUAUCUUAACUUCCUAACAACUGUAAAUGUGAACGUGCUUACAUUCCACAUCUGUGCAUGAGCGAUUUUUAAAUGUUCUGCUCGGUAGCUGCAACUUUCCACGUCUGUAGUAGCCCUCCUGCAUGGAGGUUUUUCUAAAGGUGCUAAGUUAACCCUGGAACAUGCUGAAAGCUGCACUCGAGGGAGCGCUUUCCUGUCCCCAUUUCAGUGACAGAUUGGUGUUGGAAAGGGGACGCUGCAUUUCUAAAUAGCCUAACACUUAUCACGCCUGGAAGAGCUCACUUUCUCAGGUGUGUGUAGAGUAACAGAGCUGCAAGUGGAUUCAAUGUCAUGCAUCUUCUGCGAAUGCUUUCACCCACACACCGCCUGUAGCAUUUUAGCAUUUUGGCAAGAGUGGAGUCAUUUUCAGCAGCAGGACUCCAUUUCUUCCUCCUCCUUCCUUCUUCUGGAUCUGUUUUAGGUCAAAUGCUGACUCUGACUGGAGCUGCAGCAGCCAGUAAUUACCCUUAUGCUGAGUCUGACACCUCAGGCUGUCGUCGCCUGUCAUCUGCCUUAUUAGAGGAGUAGAAAGUGUGUGUUUGUGUGUGUGAGUGCAUGUAUCGUCUGCACAGAAUAAGCUGCGAAUGAAAGAAUAUUAAAAUAAGAGGAAAUUUAAAAAAUGAGAGCCUGGAAAUGAGAUGAAAAGCAGGAGUUAGCUCUGUGACUUAUUUUGUUUCCUCUUGCCUUUGAGAACCCUCACUCUGGCAGGCUGAUUUUUUUUUUUUUGUACACAAAUGAGCUAAAUUGAGUCUGUCUUUGACUCUCUACACAACCUGACAGAAAGGAACAUCCUUCCUUUAGCUUCAGCCUCAUAUCAGUACAUCUGCGGGGUCCUAUGAUGUAGAAACAGGUUUAUCUAAUGUGUUACGUAUGAAUAUGAAACAUACAGUGUAAUUAACUUUGGUUUAGUUGCAGAGCAACUGUCUUUCUGUUCAUAUUGUUGAUAUUUAGGCAUUUAACCUGAAACCAGAGCCUUCCGUGGAUUUGUGAAUGACGAGAAGAGCAGCAUGUGAAUCGUAGCUGACGCGCUCUCUUCAUCAUGUUUAUUAUUAACUCACUGGAAACAGGAAGAUUUAAUAAUCUAUUCGUGUAAAUAUGUUUGGUUUUGUUUGUGGAUAUUUAAAUGUAAAAAAGAGCAGAGCUAACCUGGGCAGUAAAUGUCUUUUAAUGCACUGUGGUGAUGAGCAGUUACAAAUGCGACCUCAGCUGGACCUGUGUGUGUGCGUGCUGUAAACACAACACUCAUGCAAGUGGGAACACAAUUCAUUCUCAUUAACCAUCUGUGGAUCACUACAUCGACUCUUUAACUCUAUUGUGAAAGUAAAUGGGGAAAUGAAACUGGAAUAAUAAAAUAUGAAAUAAUACAA